ACGAUGUAUCAGGUUGAAACAAUUUUCAGAGUGUAGCCUACUAACUGAAGAAUCAUAAACUAAUCUCAGAUGUAAACGUAAAAGCCCGUGCUUCGACGACACUCUAUGGGCUGAAACUCCGUUACACAGUGACUUGAAGGACGGCAGGACUUGGGUUGAGUGUGCCCUUACGGGACAUUCAGAGGAGAAUAUAUCGCGACACUGAAUCCCCUUCUCAAGAGUGAGAAUUUUUGAUUGGAAACAUCUCUUGCUUUUGGGGACCAUGGGAACCAGGAGGGUGCUAGUGACAGGUUGUUCUUCCGGCAUCGGCUUAGCGGUGGCAGUGCGUUUGGCCAGAGAUGAAUUGAGGAGGUUCAAAGUGGUUGCCACCAUGAGGGAUCUCGAGAGGAAGGAGGCCCUGGAGAACGCUGCAGGGGAGACGCUGAACAGAACGUUGGAGAUCCGUCAGUUGGACGCUUGCUCUGAAGAGUCUAUCAGAGAAUGUGUUAAUAGCUUGCCAGACAGACGAGUCGAUGUACUGGUAAAUAAUGCAGGUGUGGGCAUGAUUGGGCCGUUGGAGUGCCAGAGUGUGACAUCCAUGCAGGAGCUCUUCAACACCAAUUUCUUUGGCCUCGUACGACUGGUGAAAGAGGUCUUGCCAGACAUGAAACGUCGUCAGAGUGGACACAUAGUGGUCAUGAGCAGUGUCAUGGGAAUUCAGGGAUUACUUUUCAAUGAUAUCUAUGCUGCUUCAAAAUUUGCAGUAGAAGGAUUCUGUGAGAGUCUUGCUGUGCAAGCCAUGAAAUUUAACGUCAGGAUGAGUUUGGUGGAGCCAGGCCCAGUAGUGACAGAAUUUGAGAGGAAGGUGUACGAGGACGCUGAGAAGAUGGACCUAACCGGCACAGAUGAGGAGACAGCCAGAAUAUUUCGUCAGAUAUACCUACCUUAUUCGCGGAAGGUAUUCACCUCGCUCGGACAGACACCAGAGGAAGUGGCAGAGCAAACCCUUCAGCUGAUUGUGGCAAAAGAUCCUCCGUUUCGUCAUCAGACUAACCGCCUGUACAUGCCUUUGACUGCACUGAAACAUGCAGAUCCCACCGGCCGUCUGCCCCUGGAUGCCUUCUAUAAGCUCAUCUUCAAACACGACAAUGUGUUCAACGCCAGUCUGGGGUUUUUUCGUAUUCUGCAGAAGAGAAUGAGCAAGAGAACUGUAUGAGGGAAUUCUCAGUAUGAUCCCUGCAGAAAGAGGAGGAUAAAUUCAGGCUCCACUCGGAGAUAAGUAUGAAGAGGACUGAAUGUUCGACUCCCAGACUGAUUGAUUCAUACAAACAGGCACCUGCCACCAAAGUGGAUGAAUCCUGAAGAAGAAGAGAAGGGCUCUCCAGUGGGCCAAGAGCAAGUAACAAAUCAGUGCAGAAAUACACAUUACUGACAAAUGAAUAAGCUCUUUAAAAGCAAUUUUUAUUCUGAAUCUCACCCAUGCAGCACUGCAGUGUUUAGUGUGAGUUACUUCUUAGUGCUGUUUUAAAGCGAUGACUUGAGCAAGAUGAACAUACGUUGAUUUCAUAUAAUGUAUUGUACAUUUAUGUGUAGAAGAUCAGGUUGAGUUUAGUCAAAUUACCACAUUAAAAUGAAUGGUCGGUGUGAAGAAAAGACUAUCCUUCUUUGAGAUAAAAAUAGCUCCAUUUGCCUUCAGUGGCUUAGAAGCUUAUGUGUGUACAGCACAUGACUUGAAAUUGAUAUAAGCUGAAUAUGAAUGAUAUGAAGUGAAGUGGUACAAAAAUGCAAAAACACUAAUUAUCUUGCCACAAGUGAGACUUCAUUGAAACACUCAAAACUACAUAACGGUGUACACGUAAGCGGACUGGAGUACCAAAUGAAUCCCAAUGAUGAAAAUGUGAAACGUGUUUCAUUUUAACACAUUCAGAAUUUUCUUCCUGAUGACGCUGUUGUAUGGGGUAAGAAAUCUUUGCUUAAAAUACCCUCUUAAUGGACAUUGCUGGAAAUAGAGAGGUUUCUUGACAUGAGUUCAUGGGAGAAAAUUGUAUACAUUUGUCUGGCAGCAUAAUCAAGACUUUGUCCCGCUAGUCAACAUGUUCUUUCCAUGUUGAGUAAUGUGUGAUUUUAUGAGGUGUGUGGUAAGAGAUGAGACAACACAACUCAGGAAUGUAGUUCCCUACUAUUUUAUUAGAAGUAACUUAUUUUACAACUUUUGUCUGUAGAAAGAAACAAUGUGAAAAGGUAUUUAUAUACAAUGAUUUAAACUACUUUUAAACAAGUAUGGAAUUAAUAAUGAAGACAGAAAAAUAUCUAUAGCUUUUCUAAAAAUGCAAUUCCAAUAAACAUGGGUC